GCACGCUCUGUUCAUUUGGGUCCCUCCUUCUGACUCUCCGCCCUUGGAGGCGUUUCAAAGCCCGAAGAGUAAUGAUUGAGUAUCAGCUCCAUCUGCAUAAAAUCACCCUGCCUUCUCUGUCGGAACACAGUUAAACAGAUAAGGCACACCCAUACAGAAGCCACCAUGGGGGACGACAGUGAAUGGAUGAAGUUGCCUAUUGAUCAGAAAUGUGAACACAAGGUAUGGAAAGCAAGAGUAAAUGGAUAUGAGGAAGCACUGAAGCUCUUCCAGAGGAUAACGGACGAGAAAAGCCCAGAAUGGGCAAAAUACUUGGGACUCAUAAAGAGAUUUGUAACAGACUCCAACGCUGUAGCUCAGCUCAAAGGCCUGGAGGCAGCACUUGUGUAUAUAGAGAAUGCCCAUGUGGCUGGCAAAACGACUGGAGAGGUAGUGUCGGGAGUGGUCAACAAAGUUUUCAACCAGCCCAAAGCACGGGCCAAAGAGCUGGGCUCCGAUAUCUGCCUCAUGUAUGUAGAAAUAGAGAAAGCUGAGGUGGUCCAGGAAGAGCUGAUUAAGGGGCUGGACAACAAGAACCCCAAGAUUGUUGUAGCAAGCGUAGAGACACUAAGGAGAGCCCUCAGUGAAUUUGGUUCCAAGAUUAUCACCCUAAAGCCAGUAGUCAAACUGUUGCCAAAACUGUUUGAGUCUCGAGAAAAGGCAGUUCGAGAUGAGGCCAAAUUGCUAGCUGUAGAGAUUUACAAGUGGAUCCGAGAUGCACUUCGUGCCCCUCUUCAGAACAUCAACUCUGUGCAACUGAAAGAGUUGGAGGAGGAGUGGGUGAAGCUGCCCACAUCGCCCCCCAGACAGUCCCGCUUCCUGCGAUCCCAGCAGGACCUCAAGGCCAAGUUUGAGCAGCAUCAAGCUUCAGGAGGAGACCAGGUGGACGGAGAUGACGAUGAUGAAUGUGAAGAACCUGCUGAUCCAUACGAGCUCCUGGAGCCUGUGGAAAUCCUGUCCAAGUUGCCUAAAGAUUUCUAUGACAAAAUUGAAGCAAAGAAAUGGCAGGAAAGGAAGGAGGCUCUGGAGGCGGUAGAAACUUUGACCAAAAUUCCGAAGUUGGAGAAUGGAGACUAUGGAGACCUGACUCGCGCCCUGAAAAAGGUUGUUGGCAAAGAUACCAAUGUGAUGCUGGUGGCGCUGGCGGCCAAAUGCUUAACCGGAUUAGCGGCGGGUCUUCGGAAGAAGUUUGGGACCUAUGCGGGCCAUGUGGUGCCAACCAUCUUAGAGAAGUUCAAAGAGAAGAAACCCCAAGUGGUUCAGGCCUUGCAGGAGGCCAUUGAUGCAAUCUUCCUAACUACAACUUUACAAAAUCUGAGUGAGGAUAUUUUGUCUGUGAUGGACAACAAGAAUCCCUCCAUCAAGCAGCAGGCCUCCCUGUUCCUGGCUAGAAGUUUCCGUCACUGCACUCCAUCCACGUUGCCAAAAAGUGUUCUGAAGCCUUUCUGUGCCGCUUUUCUGAAGCAAGUGAAUGACUCUGCUGCAGAGGUGCGCGACGCUGCUUUUGAAGCUCUGGGCACUGCCAUGAAGGUGUUGGGGGAGAAGGCAGUGAACCCAUUCCUGGCAGACCUGGAUAAACUCAAGCUUGAUAGGAUAAAAGAAUGUGCAGAUAAAGUGGAGCUAGCUGGAGGAAAGAAAGGUGCUGCAGGAGCAGCUGAGAAGAAGGAGAAACCUGCAGCCAAGGCCGCGCCCGCAGCAGAGCCUCCACCCAAGGCCUCAGGGCCUCCUAAGAAGGCCCUAGCUGCCAAGUCGGCUGGUCCCCUGAAAAAGAGCAAGCCUUCCAGUACACCCAGUGGAAAAUCAAAGAAGGCUCCAGAAAGCAAAGAGAUUGUAGAGACUGAACUCUCACUGGAGGUGUGUGAGGAGAAGGCUGCUGCCGUGUUGCCCGCUUCCUGUAUGCAGCAGCUGGACAGUGGCAAUUGGAAGGAGCGUCUGGCCAGCAUGGAGGAAUUUCAGAAGGCUGUGGAGCAGAUGGACCGCAGCGAGAUGCCGUGCCAGGCACUGGUCCGGAUGCUGGCCAAGAAGCCGGGCUGGAAGGAGACGAAUUUCCAGGUGAUGCAGAUGAAGCUGCACAUCGUGGGCCUGAUCGCCCAGAAGGGCGUCUUCUCCAAGACAUCUGCCCUGGUGGUGCUGGACGGGCUGGUGGACAAGAUUGGCGACGUGAAAUGUGGCGGCAAGGCCAAGGAAGCGCUGACGGCCAUCGGCGAGGCCUGCUCCCUGCCCUGGACCGCCGAACAGGUGGUGUCCCUGGCUUUUGCACAGAAAAACCCCAAGAAUCAGGCUGAAACUCUAAACUGGUUGGCAAACGCCAUGAAGGAAUUUGGUUUCACAGGGAUCAAUGUGAAGGCAUUUAUCAAUAAUGUUAAGACUGCUUUGGGUGCCACCAAUCCGGCGGUGCGCACAUCUGCCAUCACCUUGCUUGGCGUGAUGUAUCUCUACAUGGGAGCUCCACUGCGCAUGUUCUUUGAGGAUGAGAAAACCGCCUUGCUCUCACAGAUCGACGCCGAGUUUGAGAAGAUGCAGGGCCAGUCUGCUCCGGCUCCCUUCAGAGGUGCCACUAAGAAGGGCGGUGCUGAGGAGAACGGAGAGGAUGCUGACGAGCAGGAGGAUGAGGGAGGAGCGGGAGAUGUCAUGGACCUGCUGCCCAGAACAGACAUCAGUGAUAAGAUCACAUCUGAGAUGGUGUCCAAGAUCGAGGACAAGAACUGGAAGAUCCGUAAGGAGGGUCUGGACGAAGUGGCUGCGGUCAUCUCUGAGGCCAAGUUCAUCCAGUCCAACAUCGGGGAGCUGCCCCUGGCCCUCAAGGGCCGUCUCAAUGACUCCAACAAACUACUGGUUCAGCAGACACUAAAUAUCCUACAGCAGCUGGCCAUAGCAAUGGGCCCUGGCCUCAAGCAGCAUGUCAAGCAUCUGGGAGUUCCCAUUAUCACUGUGCUUGGAGACAGCAAGGCGAAUGUGCGGACCUCUGCCAUGACUACACUGAAUGCCUGGGUGGAGCAGACGGGCAUGAAGGAGUGGCUGGAGGGAGAGGACAUGUCAGAGGAGCUGAAGAGGGAGAACCCCUUCCUCAGACAGGAGUUGCUGGGUUGGCUGGCCGAGAGGCUGCCCAGUCUGCGGGCGGCGUCCCCAGACCUGAUGCUCUGUGUGCCCCAACUCUACUGCUGCCUGGAGGACCGCAGCGGAGACGUGCGCAAGAAGGCCCAGGACGCGUUGCCCACCUUCAUGAUGCACCUGGGCUACGAGAAGAUGACCAAGGCCACCAGCAAGCUAAAGCCGGCGUCCAAGGACCAGGUGGUCGGCAUGUUGGAGAAGGCACGAGCGGUGAUGCCGGCCAAGCUCGGUCCUCCGGCCAAAGCCGCCCCAACCAAGGCAGCCUCCUCUGGGAGACCCACCACAGCUCCAGCCAGUGCCCAGAGUGCCGCAGAUGACUUUGCUCCCAGUGAACGUGAGCGGGAACGAGAAUCCAAACCUGACACCAAGAGAGCAAAGUCAGCUGGCCCAGCUGCUAAAAAGGGUGUGGUGGGGAAGAAGACUGUGGUCAAGGCCAAUGCCAAGGAUGAGGAGGAUAAGUCCGGCCCCAUCUUCAUCCUGGUGCCCAACGCUAAGGAGCAGCGUGUGAAGGAGGAGAAGUCACUCAAGAUCCUGAAGUGGAACUUCAACACUCCGAGGGAUGAGUACAUCGAGCAGCUCAAGACCCAGAUGUCUAUCUGCCUGGCCAAGUGGCUCCAGGACGAGCUCUUCCACUUUGACUUCCAGCGCCACGUCAAAGCUAUCGGCUCCAUGAUCGAGCACAUGGAGGACGAGCGGGACGCGGUGAUCGGCUGUCUGGACCUGGUGCUGAAGUGGUUCACGCUGCGCUUCUUUGACACCAACACCACCGUUCUGAUGAAGGCACUGGAGUUCCUCAAGCUGCUCUUCACCAUGCUGAAGCGCGAAGACUACCACCUCAGCGACUACGAGGCCUCCUCCUUCAUCCCCUACCUCAUCCUCAAGGUAGGGGAGUCGAAAGACGUGGUGCGCAAGGACGUGCGGGCCAUCCUCUCCAUCCUGUCUAAGGUGUACCCCGCCAGCAAGCUCUUUCCCUUCCUCAUGGAGGGCACCAAGUCCAAGAACUCAAAGCAGAGAUGUGAAUGUUUGGAGGAGCUAGGGUGCUUGAUUGAGGGCUUCGGAAUGAAUGUUUGCCAGCCAACUCCGGCUAAAUGCCUGAAGGACAUCGCUGUCCACAUUGGUGACCGUGACACAACUGUCCGGAAUGCUGCUCUCAACACUGUGGUGGUGGUGUACAAUGUCUGUGGGGACCAGGUCUUCAAACUCAUUGGCAAUCUCUCUGAGAAGGACCUGAGUAUGCUGGAAGAGCGCAUCAAGCGUUCGGCAAAGAAGACUCCCCCAGCUCCCGCCAAGCCGGCUGAGCGGGCGCAGCGCGAGCACCCCACCAACCCCAGCGCCACCUUCAUGCGCAAGCCUGCCGCUGCCCAGGAGGACAUGCCCAACAAGCUCAAAAUAAUGUAUCGCACGUAUAGGAUCCAAGCGCGCCAGCACAACGCUCACUCCGAGUAUUCGGCGCCCUCUAUCCCACGGGAGUUCCAGCUUGACCUGGACAUGAUCGAGAAUGACCACACGAAUGUGUGCGAGCUGCCCGACCUGGUGCAGCACAAGCUGGACGAGCUGCUGGAGCCGGUCAUGAUCCCAGAGCCCAAGAUCCGUUCGGUGUCUCCGCACUUUGAUGACCUCCGCAACAGCACAGCCUCCACUAUCAACUUCGUCAUCUCCCAGGUGGCCAGUGGAGACAUCAACACCAGUAUCCAGGCCCUAGCACAGAUCGAUGAGGUGUUGCGGCAGGAGGACAAGGCAGAGGCCAUGUCGGGCCACAUUGACCAAUUCCUCAUCGCCACACUCAUGCAGCUGCGGCUCAUCUACAACACCCACAUGGCUGACGACCGGCUGGACAAGAAGGACAUCUUCAAGCUCUACAGCUGCAUCAUCGGCAACAUGCUCUCUUUGUUUUCUGUGGAAAGUCUGGCGCGUGAGGCGUCCAUGGGGGUGCUGAAGGACCUGAUGCAUGGCCUCAUCACGCUCAUGCUGGACGCGCGGGUGGAGGACAUCGAGGACGGCCAGCAGCUCAUCCGCUCGGUCAACCUGUUGGUGGUUCGCGUGCUGGAGAAGUCAGACCAGACCAACAUCCUCAGUGCUCUCUUGGUGCUGCUACAAGACAGUCUUCUCACUACAGCAGGGUCUCCGAUGUUCUCAGAAUUGGUCAUGAAGUGCCUGUGGAGGAUGAUCCGGUUCCUUCCGGAGACUAUCAACAGCAUUAACCUGGACCGCAUCCUCCUGGACGUCCACAACUUCAUGAAGGUGUUCCCCAAAGAGAAGCUGAAGCAGCUCAAGAGCGACGUCCCCCACCGGACACUCAAGACCCUCCUGCACACCCUGUGCAAGCUCAAAGGUGCCAAGAUCCUGGAUCACCUGUCGAUGAUCGAGAACCGCAAUGAGUCAGAGCUGGAGGCACACCUGCGGCGAGUGGUCAAGCAUGCGGGCAACCUGUCGGGUCACAAAUCCGACAAGGGGUCUGAGAAGGGAGCGAUCCGGACGGAUGAAAAGAUGUCCAAGUCCAAAGUGAGUGAAAUUCUUUCAGAGAUUUUCAAGAAGAUUGGCUCCAAGGAGAACACUAAAGAGGGUCUGACAGAGCUGUAUGAGUAUAAGCUGAAGUAUUCGGAUGCUGAUGUUGAGCCUUUCCUGAGCAACACAUCCCAGUUCUUCCAGAGCUACGUGGAGCGAGGCCUGCGCAUGAUCGAGUCUGAGCGCGAGGGCAAAGGUCGCAUUCAGUCCUCCAGCACUGUGAUUCCCCAGCAUGUUGGUGAUCCCUCCACGUACAUGCCCAGCUCCAGCAGUGUCCCAAUCAACAGCAACGGGGAGGAACUGAAACCAGCCGUCUACUACGAGAGGCUCAAGAUCCUGAGACAAAGACAUGGUCUAGAGAACAACUCCAAGCUGCAGCAGCAGCAGCAGCAGCAGUCGUCUGCGGACGAGCGGCCGCCCCUCACCUCCCUGCUGUCCAAGCCCACGGUGGCCUCGUCCACCGACAUGUUGCACAGCAAGCUGUCGCAGCUGAAGGAGUCCCGUGAGUCGCACUUCCAGCAGGAGCACUCGCACAGCCCCACGCGCUCCUCCUCGCCCGCCGCCAACCUCGACGACCUCAAGAAGAGGCUGGAGCGCAUCAAGAGCAACCGCCAGUGAGCGCUGCGUAGAUUAGCGCUAGCUCUGGCUGCUAACACCACCCCAACAACCACCUCCAACACCACACCCGCCACCAGGCUAGCCAGGCUAGGCCCUUGCUAGGCCCUUGCUUGUACUCCCACACAUAAGACACGCAUCCAUAGUUGACCCUGGGUCUUAUUUUCAGUCAGGGCCACCCAUACACUCCUGUGUAUAAAAAUAUAAUAAUUAAUUCAACAUAAAAACCAAGCUUCCCAUCUCCUUGUAUUAUAUAAUAUUUAAUUAUUGAAUAACUUUUUUGUUUGUUUUUUGUUUUUAGUAUUGUGCAGUUUGUUUGUAUGUGUAUAUACUCAUGAACGCUAACCACUGGCUUCUAAGUGUCAUUUUAGGAGUUUUCAGCGUAUGGUUUCCUUGUGCAGAAUGCUUUUAUUAUGCGUCACAUAAAGCUGUCCCUGUUUUCUAGACGUCUGAGCAGAACCAUGUCUCUUCUCUUCAUCUUCUCCAGGGCCUCCAGCGUAACCAUGUCUCUUAACCACUCUGCUGGAGUUUUACUUUCUCUUUUUCUUCUUUUACUUGCUUUUCCAUACUAGAGGUUCCUGUACAAUUUGAAGGAUUUUUGAUUGUGUCCUUGAAAUAAGGAGCAUGGCAUGAAGUACUUUUAAACUAUUUUAUUUUGUAAAUAAUGUUUGCAUUACUAAAUGCUGUUUUGAGAUUUAAAUAAUUGGUUUGAUUUUUUUUUUUUUUUUUUUUUUUUUCUCCCCUGGCUUUCUGACGUGUUUGUUAGAAUGCUGGUCAUCCUGAUGCAUUGUUUUGUAUUUCAUCCAGUUGGAAGUAGUCUUAAACUGUUGCUAUUGAGUUUUACGUGUAUAAUCUAUAGUGAAAUGGCAAUAAAGGUCCAUUGUUUUUUUAACAAACUA